AUGGCUCGACCACGGAUCCAGUUUUCGCCGUUCAAGUACCCGACCUCGCGGCGAUCCGAGCCCAGCAGCCCUAAAACUACAUUGCACACACCCGAUACCGGCAACUCGCCCGCCAGCACCGCGUCGUUCGCCGUUUCGAAGGUGCCCUUGAAGACCAAGGGAAACGGGCCUUUGCACGCAGGCACUCCCGUGCGCAGAGAGCCUGCUGUGGAUCUGGACGACGACGUCCAGCUAGACGGGGUCGACAGCGACGCAGGCAGCUACAACUACAACGACUACAAUUCGAGCGUCAUGUCUCCUAUCAAGCUUCCUGGGAGUCCGCUGCACGAAGCGGACGGCCUAAAGGGCCUGGACUGUCAGGAAGCGCCGAUUGUGGACAUCAGCAGCGAGUUUGAGGACUCCGAGGACGAAAGAGACAAGGAACAGGGCGAAAGUCUGAUGGUGGAGCAGUCUGUGCGGGACGAGGUGGACGCCGAAGCGACGAUUCUCCGCGUGGCGGAUUUUGUCGAGCGCAGACGCCGCGAAAAGGCCGAGCCGGGGGGCCAUUCCGCGCAGCUCUGCUCGCGACCUGAGACAUGCCAAACGCUGGAGCAGAGCCCAAUGGACGCGUCUCUCGCGGUAUCUGCGUCUAUAUCGCGCUACCAAAGACAAACGGAUGCUGGCUCCCGAGAAGCUGGAACGCGAAUUCCACUGUCCGCCAGAGGAGGUGCUGGCGCGCAGCGAGAUCCUGGCGCGGUUCGUGAAGGUGCGCAGAAUCACGCGCAAGCGGCUGUGAAUGUAUACUAG